CUGAGGCGGCGCGAACGGGGUUGGGGGCAGUUUGGCGCGGUAGUAGCUUCGGGGGGUCUGCGAGAGGGGCUGCGGGGUUCUGGGCGGGGACAAUGGCAUCUAGGGCGGGCCCGCGAGCGGCCGGCACCGACGGCAGCGACUUUCAGCAUCGGGAGCGCGUCGCCAUGCACUACCAGAUGAGUGUGACCCUCAAGUUUGAAAUCAAGAAGCUGAUCUACGUGCAUCUGGUCAUAUGGCUGCUGCUGGUUGCCAAGAUGAGCGUGGGACACCUGAGGCUGUUGUCACAUGAUCAGGUGGCCAUGCCCUAUCAGUGGGAGUACCCGUAUUUGCUGAGCGUUGUGCCCUCUCUCUUGGGCCUCCUCUCCUUCCCCCGUAACAACAUUAGCUACUUGGUGCUCUCCAUGAUCAGCAUGGGGCUCUUUUCCAUCGCUCCCCUCAUUUAUGGCAGCAUGGAGAUGUUCCCUGCCGCACAACAGCUGUACCGCCAUGGCAAGGCCUACCGCUUCCUCUUUGGUUUUUCUGCUGUCUCUGUGAUGUACCUGGUGUUGGUGCUGGCAGUCCAAGUGCAUGCCUGGCAGUUAUACUACAGCAAGAAGCUCCUAGACUCUUGGUUCACCAGCACACAGGAGAAGAAGCGUAAAUGAAGCCUGCUUGAUGGACUGCUCUGGGGUGACACCUGGGCCUCCCGUUGGGUGGAGUGAGGGUAGAGGAGCUGUUCUGAAAUCUUUGGUGAUUUUGGCAGCUGUGCUGUUGGCAACUAGUGCAACCUAGGGCCAAGUUCUGGAAAACCCCUCCUGUUGGCCAUCAGCUGAGGCGGAAAAACUAUUUUAUUCCUAGUUGGCUGGAACUGGGUGAUCAACAGCUAUAAAACAAACUUAAGUUGGUUGAAGUGAGGUCCUUCGGGGUUUUUAUUUUAAGACCAAGCCUCAUCCUUGCCUCUUUUUGGUCAUUCUCUCCACUUCCAUCCAUCACCCCUUAGCCACCGAGACUGAAGGAGAAAUGGAAUAAAUCAAAUUCUACUUCAAUCUCUAGGUCAUGGGGCAGGAACCAUUUGGGAGGCUGCUCCCCCUGCAGGCUGUGGUCUCUACUGCGAAGCAUUUUAAUUACAAAGAACCUCAAUAAAGUUAAAACUGCCCUGUC